UUGCCACCGUUUGGGCGGAUAUUUUACUUGUUCGAGGUUUGAACGGCUGUUGAAAGCUCCGCCGAUUGUUGGUGAUUUGUCCGUUACGGGAGCGGAAAUUGGCGGUGAUCCUGAGAAAGCGAUGGGGAGGUCGUUUGACUGACAACAAUCUGAGCCAAUCCUCUGCUCAUUGUUGACGUCCAGGUUCCCUUGGCCAAUCGGGGUGCGGCGAAGGCGGGGCUUUACAGUGCGCUUGCGCCCUGGAGCCGACAGGUGUAGAGCUGCACACAUCUCACGAUAUGUGAGGGGCCUUAAACUGGCAUUGCUGCACCUAUUUCAUCCUCUCUCUCACCUCCGUCCGAGGACCUUGGAUCUGUGGAAGCUUUCGCCUCGCUUGAAAUCCCCAGGGCUUUAAAACCUGAGCCUGACAGUAACUUGCAUUUAAUUAACGUCUUUCAUGUUGCUUAAAAACUUGUCAAGGCCCUUUAUAUAAUCGGGCAAAACCUGACUGAGCUCCUUAGUGGUAUUAGGGCAAGUCACGAGAAGCUUGGUCGAAGAGGGUCGUAACACCAGUCACAAGUUAUUGCAACUAGAAAAGGUUAACGAAGAGUCAAAGAUGAAGCUGUUAGACUGGAAAAGGCAAAGAAUAUAAAGUGGACUAGAGAAGUUCGAGCAGGUGUACACUUGACUUGGUAGUGAAGCUGGCACAAGUAAUGAACCCUUUCUGGAGCAUGUCUACAAGUUCUGCACGAAAGAAAUCUGACAGUGAAGAAAGAGGUUUGUCUGGAGAACAGAAGACCAGCCCUCCACGAUCUUCAACAGCCAAGAAACAGUUGCCCUCCAUACCAAAAAAUGCUGUUCCUGUGACUAAACCCAUUUCUCCUGUCACAUCGACACAGUCGACUAAUGGAACACAUGCAUCAUAUGGCCCCUUCUACCUAGAAUAUUCUCUUCUUGCUGAAUUUACCUUGGUUGUAAAACAGAAACUGCCUGGAGUUUACGUACAACCUUCGUAUGGCUCUGCAUUAAUGUGGUUUGGGGUGAUCUUUAUAAGACAUGGCUUAUAUCAGGAUGGUGUAUUUAAAUUUACUAUUUAUAUUCCUGACAACUACCCAGAUGGAGACUGCCCUCGCUUGAUGUUUGAUAUGCCAGUCUUCCAUCCACUAGUAGACCCAACAACAGGAGAAUUGGAUGUAAAAAGAGCAUUCACAAAGUGGAGGCGGAAUCAUAAUCACAUCUGGCAGGUGCUGAUGUAUGCUCGCCGUGUAUUCUACAAGAUUGAUACAGUUAAUCCCUUGAACCCUGAAGCUGCAGUACUAUAUGAAAAAGAUAUCCACUUGUUCAAAAGCAAAGUAAUUGAUAGUGUGAAACUAUGCAACAGUCGCCUCUUUGAUCAACCUAAGAUGGAUGACCCUUAUGCAAUUAGCUUUUCACCUUGGAAUCCAGCAAUACAUGAAGAAGCCAGAGAGAAGAUGUUAACUCAGAAGAGGAAGCCUGAUGAUCAGACCAAAAGCAUGCACAUGGCUGGCCUUUCCUGGGUAAAGCCUGGUUCAACACAACCUUUCAGCAAAGAUGAAAACACCGUACAAACCUAGUACUUCCUAGCAACAGCACACCAGGCACUUUCCACCUGUGAAACAUAUGGCCCAGGUCAAUUGGAAUAUAACUGUUUCCUGUUGGUGCAAAUGUUGGACUUUAUUUUAGCAGUGAUUGUAAAAACAAAAGUUUUAUAUAUAUAUAUAUAUAUAAUCAAACUGCUGAAGACGGGGUUCCUUUUGUGUAAUUAUAAAAUUUUAAACUCUUAUUCAAGUUCAACUUUUAACUGAAAGUUUGUAAAACUUGCAUUUUGGAGACCUCUAUCUACUACCUACGUAAUCUUGGCAAUACAACUAUCAAUUAUGUUGGGGUGGUUAACUAAAUUGACUGCGUAUGUCAGAAAGAUGACACCAUUUUGUAAUACUGUUAUGAUGUAGAAAUGUUUUUCAUGUUUUGGGGCUGGUCUGUAGCAUUUAAGAUGUGAGUUUAGACAUUCAAUAAUCCAUUCAAAUCAAAAACAUUUUACAUAGUGUAUGACAGUGUUUAGCUGUUUUCAUAAGUCAUUUGGGUCUUCUAAUGUAAAUAUAUUGGUGUAUAAAUUUUGUACAUAGCUUGUUGGGUUCUACAGUUAGUACUUUUGAGGUGAAACUUGUGCUAAACAUGACAAUAGUCCACUGGUGUACAUUUUGGGCAGGCUGAUCCAAGCUAAAGUAACAGAUUGGUACAAACAGUGAGCCCCAUUUCAGUGGUCUUUAUAUACCGUGUAUGACUGUUUGAAGUAAUUCAACUCAAAGAAGACGCCUUUUCCAAUGUUGUUACAUAGACAUUUUCAUGUUCUAAUUAUCUUAUGCAGUAAUACAGCAUAUUAUGUUCAUAAAAUGCUGUUUUUGUCACAUUGGAUACCAAUAUUGGGGUGCAUUUAUGGGGGAAAUAGUUGCUGGCCUAGCAACUGAUGUCAUAAUGGCUUAACCCUUAAAAUAAAAACAAGCUAAACUGUA